UUUAGUUGGGAUUCGGUCGAUGGAGCAAAAAAUAUCAGUUGAAUAUAAAAGAUGAAUUAUUAAAAGAAAAUCUUUCUGAGCAUACCAACAAGGUUGAUGAGAAUGAUGAUGGAUGUCUCGUCAAAGUUCAAAUGACAAAUAAGUUAUGCAUUGGCAGAGUGUGCAUGACAAAAGUAAUUACUUACACUGACAACAAUUUAACAUCAGAAACUGACUGGAAAGCUCAUUUAAUCGGUGGAGAUCUUGUACCCAGGAAUGUAAAAGCAGUGACGAAUACUGAGAAUCCAGAACGUUGCAUAAAUAUCACAUUUGAUGCCCCUUAUAAAGGCCAGGCAGAUGAAUAUAUUAUAGAAGCAAAACCGCAGAAAGGGAGAACCAAAAAGAUGACCUCUAAAUCUAACUCAGUAACUUUUGAAUAUCUUAGAAAAGGAGUGGAAUAUAAAUUUCUUGUGUUCGCGAGUCACAGUGCAAAGUCGAGUGUUGGAAGUCCCUCUAAUGCGAUCAAAACUGAAGGAGACAGCACAGGUGCAUUUUUCAAUUUUGGGGGUGCUAUGGGAACGUAUGACUUGAGAAAUGCGACAAUAUCUGGCAGCACAGCAAAUCUAAAUGUUAUCCUGGGAGAUGAUUUUGGCAAAGUCAGAGAUUUGGAAGGAAAGAUCACUCCUAAUCAGCGUAAUGACAGUAUGACAUUAACCUGGAAGAUCCCAUCAUUUGACAAUAAAUUAAACGAUUACAAAGUAGAGCACUAUAUUGUUAAAAUACAAAAACAAAAUGAUAACGAGGAAAAAGAAUUGGUGGUACCAUUCAUCAAAGGGCGUUAUGAGUACCCUACAAAACCUUAUGAUUUAGAAGUUGGACACACCUAUGACAUAUCAGUGGCAACCCUUUAUGAUGAUAUUGACAGGGAUGCAACUUAUAUAUCCAGUGCUGUAAAGAAAUUGGUUUAUACAAGGCCUUGUGAACCAAAAAUACAUUUCAACACUGAUGAUAAAAAUAACGAACUGAAGUUAGAGUGGAAUGAUGUUCGAGGUGCAUUACGUUACGAAGUUGAUAUAUACACACCCAACUCAGAAAGUCCUCUUUUCCAUAAUGACAAUGGUAAGAACACCACUUGGACGCGAGCUUUUGAUGAAACAUUUGGAUAUGGAACUUCCUAUAAAGCUGUUAUAACUGCUGUUGGACCUGGAAAUAAAACAAAUUCAUCAGAAACAUCAACAAAAACUAUCGGAGAAGAACUAGUGCCUACAAAUGUAAAAGCAACUAUAAAUGAAGAAAAAGUAACAGAUCCAAACACACAAGUAUUUUUAACAUGGGAGCAACCGGAAAAAAUGCCGAAUACAUACAAAGUUUUUGUUGACAACAAAGAAAUUAAUGAAAUAAAUACUAAAUUUGUUGGAUUAUCUUGCUUGGUAUCUGGCUUAAAAGCCGGCACAGAUUACCUAUUCAAAGUUGCUGGAGUUCAUACCUUUAACAACAAGGAAGUUGUCAGCGGAGGAUGCUUCUCGAACAAAAUACAAACAAAUCCAACUCCUACACAAGUGAAAAACUUGUUUGGCAAGCUCGGAGAGGACCCAAGUACAAUGGUUCACAUUGCAUGGGAUAAAGUUGAUGCUGAAAGACCAUAUGACUCAACAAAUUACAGAGUUUGUGUUACCACAGAAGAUGAAAAAUAUUACAGAGAAAUAUAUGUCACUACUGAGGAAGUGCUGUUUACAGGACUGGAACCUGCAACAACUUAUGUUUGCACAGUCGCGGGUGGUAACUCACUUGGAUAUGGAAGAAAUUCAGAGGCAUAUAAAAUAACUACGAAAUUCGGGACUCCAAAACGUGUUCAACUUUCAGCAAAAGGUAACUCAACUUCAAAUUCACUGACAUUGAGCUUUCUACAUGCUGAAGGAAAUGCUAAACAAUACAUUGCUGUGAUGUACAAACACCAGGAUACUGUAAAAUAUCAGGUUAUUGGACCCAUUUCUGUUGUAUCUGGAUAUAUAUUUGAAGGUUUAGAUUUGAAUUCAACCUAUUCAGUGAAAGUGCAUGGUGUAUUUGCAACUGGAGAAGGCGAUGCAUACUGGUCCAAUGAAUAUACAACAGCACCUGCAAGAACAGAAAUCAUAAAAGCUGAUUGCACAGUUGAUAACGAAGGAAAUUUGAGUUCAAGAGAAAUACAUAUAAAAUGGAAACCUGAUUCUGAAUGCAAUGAACAUGAAGUUCGUAUCAAACGUGGUCGUUAUAGUGUCAUAGAAACACCAUCCAAAUUAGAGAACGUCACUGCCAGUUUGGAAGAAAAAGGAAAUCACAUUGUGGUGCAAUGUGGUAUUGCUGGAAGGGUUUGUCCAUUCUAUUUCGUGCAGGCAUAUUGCAAUGGACAAUUGGAGGGAAGCCCACUUGAAGCUCAUAGCAAUGCAGAUAAAAAAGUGGCUGAGGUUAAUUUCAGUCCGAAAGUGCCAGCAGAGAAAUAUCACUUUGGAAUGUGGGGCGAAAAUUCAGGAAAAGUCAGAGGGAAAGCUUCUCAUUCUGAAACUGUUUUAUCAAGGCCAGAUAAAGGCAAAGUUCCUGUGGCAUAUUUGAAUGAUGAGAAUCCAAGCACAGAAAUUCAAAUAAAAUGGAGAGCUCAAACAAGAUGUGAAAAAUAUGAACUUAGGAUCUGCUGUGCUGAUCAAAAUAAACCAGAAAACAUAUUAAUAUUCGAUACAACUUCCUGCAAGUAUAAAUGCCAAUGCCCCGGAAGCAAAUACAAAGUGGCAGUCAGAAGUAUCUGUGGGACAGUUAAAGGGCAUUGGUCGGGUGAAUGUGAAAUUAUUUUAGCACCCAGUAAAGUGAAAUUGCUUGAAGAUGAUUGUCAAGAUCCUGUGAGAUUGGUUGCGAUCAAGUGGGAACCACUGAAACACAAACCACAAAAAUAUGUUGUUAAAUUGUUUGAAGGGCAAAAAGAACUUGCUACAGAGGAAACAAACGAAACUGAAGUUAGGUUUGAAGGAAUUGCCAAACCAGGGUCACUAUGCUACUGUACCGUGACAGCAAUUGGAGAUAAAAAAAACAAUUGGUAG